UUAUGUGUCAUAAGUUUUUGCAAAGCGUCGUCUUGGCGUUGUAAUAAAAGUUUGUCUUUCUAUAAUAAAACAUAUUUCAAUUCCUUAUUGCUAUAUUCGUUAUCUCCAAGGAUAUUUGAUAAUUUACAAAAUACAAGUUUACAUAAAUUCGAUAUUGAAACGCUGACGUCAUAUCGCAAUCAUUCUAUUGUGGAAAUGUCUUUUGUCGAAUACGAACUAUUGUGGAGUAAUGAAUUAAAAUGUGCCAAACUUGAACCAUAUACUGCGCAGUGAUAUCACACAAGAGAUAUAAUUUAUUCAAGAAUAAUGGCUACUGUACAAAGUUUGGACAAUAACAGAACAAUACCUAUGAUAGAGCGAGACAGUAUGAACAAUGAAGUGUCGUCUACAUCUAGUGAGGAUUGUCAAACAAAUGCCAUAGUGCAGUUCAAUAAUUUCUAUAAAGCUAGAUAUAAAGAAUCAACAUCAGAUAAUGAAGUAACAGAGCGAAAAAAAAAUAUACAACGCAAUCAUUAUAAAUCUAUGGUCAAUAUAAAUGAGAAUUAUUCAAGGGAUUUCAAUAGAAAUGUACAAAAUAGUAUUAGUAAUAUAGAUAUAAGUUUACACAGCGAGGAAAUUAAAAAAUUUGAAUCGUUACAAAUACCUAUUGUAGGUUAUGAAGUUAUGGAGGAAAGGGCUAGGUUUACAAUUUACAAAUUAAAAGUAGAAGACGAUAAAAGGGAUCAAUCUUGGUUAGUUUUCCGUAGGUAUACAGAUUUCGUACGUUUGUAUACAAGAAUUAAAUCGGAAUUACCAAAUGUUAUGUUACCUUUGCCCGGCAAAAGAUGGUUUCGUGAUAAUUUUGAACCGGCUUUCUUAGAGGAACGUGUUAGAGGUUUACAAGUGUUUGUGAAUGCUAUACUUUUGAAAUUACCAAAUCAUCCUGUUGUUAGGGAAUUUUUCUGUUUAGAUGAACCGCCUCAAGUAUUUACAUAUCAGCCUGAAAUUCAAGCAGUUUAUGGUGCGUUGGAAGACUCGAUAACAAAUUUAAAAGUUCAAUUAAAACAAAAGGAUGCGACAAUAAUGCAUUUACAAAGACAAUUAGCACAGUUAGAAUCGAAAGUUAAGAAUUGUCCAAAUUGUAAAACAUGAAACUAUAUUUGUCAUCUUUUUCAUACACUUUGAAAGAAACACAGAUAAUAUUUUACGAUAGUAAAUCCUUAAGAGUCUGGUUUUACCUAAAUAUAGGUCAUUUUUGCAUGUAAUGUGAUCUUCACAAUUUGUAAUGGUCUGUAAAAACUCCUAUUAAUUGUCAUAGAGUAAACAAUGGCAGGGUCAUAGAUUAACAAAGUCGAUAAUUCUAUUUUAUAUGUUAUGGCUGGUAUUUUAAUGAAGUAAUGAAAAUGUUAAGCAAGUUUUGUAUUUGUUUUC